GGCACGGAAGAGGGAGAGGAGGAAGAAGAGGAAGAGGUCAGGCAAGCACAGCGCGGUGAUCUCGCUGGACGGGCGCACUGAUCCACGACAGCGCAACGACCGACGCGGCCAAACGUCAAGGCGAAAAAGAGAUGGCAUGUACGGCUUGUCUCGGGGCACCUCGUCAAAACCCUGGGUCUGAAAGAACCCACACGCGACAAACGGUGGCAGGGCAGAGGGCGGUGAUUGGCGGUGCGCACACAAGGGGCAGGGGGAGGGGAGAAGGCUUCUUAGAAGGAGGCUGCUUCUGAGAAGGCGUCAGCCUCACAUCUACAGCUAAGGCCCGCACCUUCUGAGAAGCAGGGAGCUUCGAAAAAGCCUUCCCUCCUGCGCGUAGACGAGGUGAACAAACAUACCCACCGAGUUGGCACUGACGCUGCACGCAGCCACACGCCGAUGCAGAGAUCGGGAACUGCAGAGGGCACCGCCCAUUUUUGCUGCGGCCCUGGUGUCGGGCAAAAUCGUGUAAGCUCGCCGACCGUGCCACUCUCUCGGCUGGACUCGGGCCUAAACUUGGCCAAGAACAGGCGUCGACCUCGGCCAGAGAACUGGCGUCGUACUCCGACCCAGGGUCGGGCUGAGCCUGGGGAUCGUGGUCGUAAUCAACACCUGAGGCAGACCAGGCGUGGUCGUCGGACAAUAGCGCCAGACUCCCCAUGACCGGCUCGGCUUCGGGCUCGGAGUCGGGAGAGAAAUCGGUGUACGAGAAGACGCCGUGGGCGACGGGGCCAGCCAGAGCAGAGCGGCGCCCAUCGCAACAAGCAACUGGCCACUGUGACCACUCGGCUGCGAGGCGCCCCCACCCAAACGAAGACGGGGUGGCGGCAGGUUCGGACGGCCGAAAAAGGUACGGAACAGAUGGGCACCGCCCGCCGCUGGACUGCCGCGCCGGGCGCAGAGGCCCGGGGCCGCGCGCUUCCAGGGCGCCGGCUGCGCCUCCGCGCCAUGGGCGGAGAGGCCCGGCGGCAGCGACAUCCGACAGGGCGCGCAGGGCCUGCGCCCUGGGCGCGCUGUCGGUGGGGUUGGUGGGCAGGCUGGCCGCCUGGCUGCGCAGCGCCGACGAUGCGGCCGUCGCGCCACCACGGGAGGCGCCGAAGAAGGAGCGGGCUCGCUCUGACAUCUCGCGGAACUGAUCGGCAGAGUUGACAGAAUAGCGAGGACAGCGCGGUGCCAGGAGCAGACAAUUCGCCGGCGCAACGGGCCAGAGGCGCCUCUGUUAAGGCGCGUGGCGGGUCGAUGGUAUCCCCGCCUUCGUGCCUGGCACUGGAGACCGCCCAGACGGGCCUGGCGGCCCGGGAGGCACG